UUUGUUGAGUUGUAAGACAGUUUCUCAUUAUGGCUGUGUAAAACAUUGCAACACUAUACCUAUAAAAAGAAUAUUUCAAUGAAAUCGAUAUUCGGAGAAUGACUUAUCGAAAGAAUACAGACUGCAGUCAAGAUGCUCAGUCAACGCAGCUGUAUCGAAAAUUUCAUACAGCGCGCGUUUUUGUGCACCUUGAGGUAAACAACGGAACAAAGGAAUGUAAACAGGAAUGUUGGAAAUUGAUCGUUAGGGACGCGUGCACGUGGACAGGAUCGUGGAUCAGUCCAGUUAUCGCAGUACCGCCACUAAACGAGUCCAUUGACAAAAACCGAGCAGCUUGCAUCAUCUUGAUUUAUAAAUUGAAUAAAAUAAUGGAGGAGUACACAGCUGGUAUCGUUAUUGUGGGAGAUGAAAUCUUGCGUGGCCAAGUAACAGACAGAAACACAUCUUACUUGGCAAAAAAACUAGCAGCUAUUGGCAUCAAAUUGCGCAAAGUGGUCACCAUUCCAGACGUAGUAAAUGAGAUUGCUGACGAAGUACACCUUGCGUCAAAAAAGUUCUCGGUAGUCUUUACAGCUGGUGGGGUUGGACCUACUCAUGAUGAUGUUACCUAUUCGGCUGUUGCCAAAAGUCUGGGUCUCAAAUUGGAAGAAAACAAAGAACUAGUAACCAUUUAUGCCGAACUAUUUCUUGGGAAAAGCGAAGCGAGGCGACUUGCCAAGGUUCCCAGUCCAUGCGAAAUAAUUUACGUUCCCUCAUCAGUCUCGACAAAUUUAUCAGGAAAAACGUAUCCCGUGAUAAAAGUUGCCAACGUCUAUGUUUUGCCUGGUUCUCCGUUGUACUUUUCUCAAGCGGUUGAUGUUAUCGUUCCUCAACUACCGAGGGGAACACCUGUGCAUACAGAUUUUAUUGACGUGAACCUUGAAGAGUUGGCAUUUGUGGAUAUUUUGGAUGACUUUGCUAAGCGAUGGGAGGGCCAGCUUAGCAUUGGAAGUUAUCCACAGGCAGAAUCUACCACAAUAACUAGGAUAACAAUUGAAGGAGGUCAAUCUGCAGUUCAAGAAGCAAAAAUGGAUCUCCAGUCUGCUCUGAUAUCCAGAGAGAUUUCUUCCAGCAAACAAUUCACUCUCAGUCAUGCCCGUGCCGUUGAAGCGAGUAGCAAACAACAACCACAUAUUAAAACUGCAAUGGAUAUUCUACAGCGUUGUUAUGACGAGAGCCCUGAUGCGAUAUUCGUCAACUUCAAUGGUGGUAAAGAUUGUACCGCGGUACUUUAUCUCCUAGCUACUGUUGUCAAGCUCAGAGGAGCCCCGCCGCCUGUAUGCCUUUAUGUAUCAGACGAUCCGUUUCCUGAGGUAGACGAGUUUGUCGACAAUGCAGUGAAUUUUUAUGGGUUAGAAAUACUCAAGAUGAAAGGUUCGAUAAGGGAAGCCCUACAGCUGUUUCUCGAUAGUCAUAAAAAUCUUAAAACCGGAAUAAUGGGAAUGCGGAGAGGUGAUCCCGGGGCAGAUAAGUUAGAUUUUUUUUCACCGACAGACAAUGGAUGGCCAUCCAUGGUACGUGUCAAUCCUAUCUUAGAUUGGACAUACAAACAAGUGUGGGACUUUUUGAUUAAGCACAACGUGUCCUAUUGCUCCUUGUACGAUCAAGGAUAUACCAGUAUCGGUGCUAGAGCAACAACAAAGCCAAAUCCGUUGUUAAGGGACCCCAAUAAUCCCACGCAAUACUUGCCGGCAUAUACAUUGACCGAUGAUUCUCUAGAACGGCAUGGUAGAGGAUAAAAUUACAGUAUUUUUAACGUCUGAUCCUUAGGACACUUUAGGUUCUGUGUGGGAUUAUGCGAUGUAAAGAACUUGCAUUUUGCAUAGUUAUUUAAUUAUUGCACAAGCUUGCGCUGGUUGUGAAGCACGUUGCAUUUUUUUGUUAGAUAGAAUUUUACACUGCAGAAACUUUUGUAUUGCAAUAGACUAAUAGAAAUCAACAAUUAAUAGCUAAAACUACUGUGUAUUACAUUUAAUAUCAGAUUUCUUGUUUAGACUAUAAGAAAUACUUGAAUAAAUAUUGUAGUUUCUGGGUGCAAGUA